UCCAUGGUGGAUGGGCCUUCUAGGCAGGCCGGAGGAAGGAGAGGGUCUUGGAAAGAGAUGUUGUGGGGUCCUAAAAGGGUGGAGUUUAGAACUAAAUUGUCUUAUGGGCGGGGCCCAUGAGAGAGCUGAAAGGGAGGAGCUACGUAGCGGUGUUCGUAAUGGACGGAGCUUAGAGGGAGGGACUAACGACGAGGGGCGGAGCAUUUAUAAAGAGGAGGAGCUAAGGAUAACAUUCUAAAGGGGUGGGGCCUAGGACUGCAAGGCCAGGGGGUGGGGAAGAAGACGUCGGAAUAUUUCAAAGGGAGAUCCAGGUUCGUAAGGGGCCGGCCUCUUGCUCGCUCACAGGAGGGCGGGGCCUCGAGCCCGGGGGCGGGGCCUAGAUCUCGGGGUCCGCCCUCGCUGUCUCGCCCACUUGCUAUCACCCGUUUCACCCGCGUUCUUUUCGGUUAUUUUCUGCUACGGCCGUUCCCCGCCCCGCCCUGGGCCCAGGGGGCCGCGGUCUGAACUUUGGUCGGCUGGAGGAGUCGGUGAGUGGGAACCUCUGGGCGAAGGCGGGGCCAGGACGGAGUUGGAGAAAGGGGUGGGGCCUCAGUGUUGAAGCCGGCUGGUAGACCAGGAGCCGGAAAAGUUUAGAAGUGAGGCCCGAAAAUCUGCCGCUGCCUGGGAAGAGGGCGAGACCCAAAUGAUCGACACACAGAGAGGGAUCGGAGGGUUAGAGGUGAGGACUAAGGGCUUAGCAAGACAAGAAGACCACGGAGGCGGGGCCAGACCUGGAGCGGGUGAUGAGGCCCUAUACCGACAAUCGGGGGCGGAACCAGAGAGCAGGGGCGGGGCCUGGGGCUCCCAAGCCAGGUUAGAAGACUGGGAGAGGAGUUUGAACUCCUUGCAGGCCUUACAGGCUACUGAGCGCAAUCAUCAUGAGUGAUGUGGCCUGAGUGACUGACAGGAAAGAGGGCAAGACUGCGUCUUGGAGCCUAGAAACCGGGGACGUGGUCAAAGUGUAGGGAUGUGACCUGAGGGGCAAGUCGGGGUGGGGUGAGGGGGCAGGGACGGAACCUUAGUACACUAAGAGAAUGGAGCCUAAGUGUCUGAACAGCAGCUGAAUGGGGCCAUGAGAAAGAAGGCAUGACAGUAGCUGAAUGGGACGAUGGGGAAGAACGCUUGAGUUUCGAGAGUCAGGGAACAGGAGUGCGGCUAGCGACUGGUGCCUGAGUGGAUCUUGGAACACAGGGGCGGGUCUGGGGUGGACGGGUAGGACCAAAUACAGCCAGCCUCGUGGAGUCCCCACAGUUUUAGCAGACUGACUGGCGGAAGCUCUUCUGACAGUCCCCGACCUCCGUCAGAAAUGGGGAACGUGCAGUCGGAGCCGUCCGCGGGCGGGGGCUCCCGAAAAGAGCAGGCCUCGGACCGCUCCUCUGACUCCCGCCGGACGUCCCUGGUGGAGCCCGAGGUGACCCCCUCCUCCCCGGCCAUGCGCCUGGCUCGCGGGCUGGGCGUCUGGUUUCCUGGCAGCUCCGCGCCCCCGGGAAUCCUGGUACCCCCAGAGCCCCAGGCCUCACCCUCGCCCCUGCCCCUGACCUUACAACUGCCCUCGCCAGUGACGCCCCUUUUAGAGGAGGCGGCUGCGGCCGCGGUCUCCACACCACCCCCGCCCCCCGUGGGGACCCUGCUGCCCGCGCCAUCUAAGUGGCGAAAACCCACGGGCACUCCGGUGCCCCGGAUCCGCGGUCUGCUGGAGGCGAGCCAUCGCGGCCAGGGCGAUCCUCCGAGCCUCCGUCCGCUGCUGCCGCCGCCCCGGCAACUAACCGGAGAGGACCCCAACUCUGUCCCGAGGGCCCCAUCCCCUACUCCGCCGCCCUUGGAGCCGCGGAAGCUGCCACCACCGCCACCUUCCGACCGGCAGCCCCCGGACCACAGAAUCAUUCCUGCUCUGGCCACACCCGCCACACCCCCCUCAGAAAGCCAGGUCGGGUACGGCAGCAAGGGCCAGACGGCCGUUGGAGUCCGCAGAGGGGCGCCUCCCCAAGCGGGCGAGGGCGAAAUGGCCCGGCCUGCGGUCUCCGAGUCCGGCCUGAGUUUGCUGUGUAAAGUCACCUUCAAGUCGGGGCCCUCUUUGGCCCCUGCGGCAGCCUCGAGUUCCUUAGCGGCCAAAGCCUCGCUCGGGGCCGGCGGAGGCGGAGGACUCUUCGCUGCCGCCUCUGGUUCCAUCUCGUACGCUGAGGUGCUGAAGCAGGGGCCCCUGGUUCCUGGGGCCACUCGACCCUCGGGAGAGGUCCCUCGAGGGACUCAGGAAGCAGAAGGCGGUGAUGGAGACGGCGAGGGGUGUUCUGGACCCACCUCGGCGCCUGUGUCCCACGCCAGGGCCCUUCCGCCGCCACCCUACACCACCUUUCCAGGCUCGAAGCCCAAAUUUGACUGGUUGAGCCCUCCCGAUGGCCCUGAACGCCACUUCCGUUUCAACGGAGCCGGCGGCCGUGUCGGGGUGCCCCGACGGCGUGCGGCCGCGCUCUCAGGGCCCUGGGGCUCCCCACCGCCUCCGCCAGGGCAGACGCACCAAGCCCCUGCGCCCCGGAGGCCUGCACCAGCCCUACUGGCGCCGCCUAUGUUCAUCUUCCCGGCGCCCACCAAUGGCGAGCCUGUGAGCCCGGGGCCGGGAGGCCCACGGGAGGUAGCCGCGGUCCCGGCCCCGACCCCGGCCCCGACCCCGGCCCCAGCCGCAGCCCCGGCUCCAGCCCCAGCCCCAUCCCCGGCUCCCACCAUAGCGGAGCCAACGCUGCCUGCGCCGGUGCCCAUCAAGGCCCGCACGCGCAGGAGUAAGGGUCCCCGCGCAGCCCGAGGGGCGACCCGUGAGGAUGGCGCACCCGGAGAUGGUCCUCGAGAACGUACUGCAGCUACCGUGACUGACGGUGGUGGCGGCGGGACUCCUCCAGCGGGGCUGGCUAACGCCAGCACCACACACCACUGGCCGCCCUUCCAGGUGCUUAACUCUUGUCCCUGCAAGUGUUACUGCCGCCACCAGCCGCGCCACCGCCGUCUACCACGCAACGUGUCUGCCUGGCUGAGCACACCCACCAACCACCUGAGUGAGCCACCCUGGGUUGCCACCAUCAAGCUGGCUGGCUCCCUGGUGGCCGGGCUGGAGCACUACGACUUGCAGACCACCCAUUCCAACUGAGUGCAGUCUGCUCAGUGCCCUCUGCCUGCCCCUCCUCGACAAUAAA